CCAUUCAUCUGUGCACUUGGGCGUUGGACUCCGCAUCUUAUUAGCAACCAGGGAGAUUUCUCCAUUUUCCCCUUGUCUACAGUACGGCUACAAAUCUGGGAUUUUUUUAUUACUUCUUUUUACUAAACUUGGGCUCUUUUUUUUUUUUGCUCGACUUUUUUCCCUCCUUUUCCCCCCUUCCUCCUGUGCUGCUGCUUUUUGAUCUCUUCAACUUAAUUUUUUAAAAAGGAGUGCAUAUAAAUCGGUUCUGUUCUCUCUUCUCUUCCCCCCCCCUCCCCUCUGGUGUGUGUGUGUUGCUGCUCGCCCAGUAUUUAUACCAAUCCAACGCUCUUUGUUUCCCCUCCUUUUGGAUCUCUUGAGUUUCUUUGUUGAAUAAGACAGCAUGGGUGCCCAGUUCUCCAAGACUGCUGCAAAAGGCGACGCCGCUGCUGAGAAACCUGGGGAAGCAGUGGCUGCAUCUCCUUCCAAGGCGAAUGGACAGGAAAAUGGCCAUGUAAAGGUGAAUGGUGAUGCCUCUCCAGCAGCUGCUGAGGCAGGCAAGGAGGAGGUCCAAGCAAAUGGCAGUGCACCUGCUGAAGAGACAGCGAAGGAAGAGCAAGCCUCUUCUGAGCCUGCCUCCGAGAAGGAGGGAACAGAAGCAGAGAGUACUGAGCCAGCCUCGCCUGCUGAGGGAGAGCCCUCCUUGAAGGCAGAGGAGGGGGCUACCCCUUCUUCCAGCAAUGAGACCCCGAAAAAAAAGAAGAAGCGCUUUUCCUUCAAAAAGUCCUUUAAGCUAAGUGGCUUCUCCUUUAAAAAGAACAAAAAGGAGGCUGGGGAAGGAGCAGAGAAUGACGGUGCAGCUGCCUCUGCAGAGGGAGGGAAAGAUGAAGCAGCUACUGCCCCAGAAGCGACAAGCAAUGAGGAGGGUAAAUCUGCCCAGGAGGAGUCCUGCGCUGCUGCAGCUAGCGGCACAGAGGAAACAAAGGAGGAGACUGGUGACUCUCAGGAAGCAAAAUCAGAAGAGACAGCACCAGAGAAGCCUGCGGGAGAAGAGGCCAAGCCUGUUGAAGAGCAAAAGCCUGAGGAUAAACCAGAAGAGGCACCAGCUGCCUCUGCCCCUAGUGCUACAACUGAGGCCACCUCAACUGAACAAGAGGCACCCAAAGUAGAAGAGGCAGCACUUCCUACACAGGAAGUCCCAUCUGAAUCUAGUCCAGAAGCCCCACCAGCUGAAUCGGCAGAGUAAACAUGGCAAUUUUGAGAUAAUCGAAGAACUUUUCUCCCCCUGUUUGUUUGUUGGAGUGGUGCCAGGUACUGGUUUUGGAGAACUUGUCUACAACCAGGGAUUGAUUUAAAAGAUGUCUUUCUCUUUUUUUUCUCUCCCCACAGAUCCCAUCUCAAAUAAUUCUGUUACCACCAUUCCAACAGGUAGAGGGGAGACUAAACACCUCCCUCUGCCUUGUUCCCUUUUUUUUUUUUGCAUCAGUAUUAAUGUUUUUGCAUACUUUGCAUCUUUUAUUCAAAAUGUAAACUUUCUUUGUCAAUCUAUGGACAUGCCCAUAUAUGAAGGAGAUGGGUGGGGUCAAUAAGGGAUAUCAAAUGAAGUGAUAGGGGCCACAGUGAGGAAUUAGUGAUGCACAUAAUUGCCAAGAGAAUGUGCCACAAGAAAUGAUGUAAGGGGUUAGUCUUUUUUAAAAGAAAGUUAUUACAAUGUAUUUUGUGAGGCAGAUGUUCUAUAAGGUUUACAACACUACAAGUCUUGACUAAGAAGGAAAGGAAAAAAAUCAAUACCCAGAAAAAAAAUCAUAGUCUUAGGAAUUCAUUUAAACCAUAGGAACUUUUCACUUAUCUCAUGUUAGCUGUACCAGUCAGUGAUUAAGUAGAAAUACAAGUUGUAUAGGCUUUAUUGUUUAUUGCUGGUUUAUGACCUUAAUAAAGUGUAAUUAUGUAUUACCAGCAGGGUGUUUUUAACUGUGACUAUUGUAUAAAAACAAAUCUUGAUAUCCAGAAGCACAUGAAGUUUGCAACUCUUUCCACCCUGCCCAUUUUUGUAAAACUGCAGUCAUCUUGGACCUUUUAAACACAAAUUUUAAACUCAAUCAAGCUGUGAUAAGUGGAAUGGUUACUGUUUAUACUGUGGUAUGUUUUUGAUUACAGCAGACAAUGCUUUCUUUUCCAGUUGUCUUUGAAAAUAAAGGAAAACUCUUCAGAUGCAAUGGUUUUUGUGUAGCAUCUUGUCUAUCAUGUUUUUGUAAAUACUGGAGAAGCUUUGACCAAUUUGACUUAGAGAUGGAAUGUAACUUUGCUUACAAAAAUUGCUAUUAAACUCCUGCUUAAGGUGUUCUAAUUUUCUGUGAGCACACUAAAAGCGAAAAAUAAAUGUGAAUAAAAUGUA